AUGAGGACUGCAGUUCUGCUGUUUGUUGCGGGGUUGUGUGUGUUGAACGUCACAUUUUCACUGAAAAUCUGCGCUUUCAACAUUCAGAGCUUUGGUGAAGCAAAGGCAAACAACAGGAAGGUUAUGGGGAUUCUACUGAAGAUCCUUUCUCGGUGUGACGUGUGUCUUAUUCAGGAGGUCCGAGACUCUAAAGGAGAAGCAAUACAAGCUUUGGUGAAGGAUCUUAACAGAUUUGACAAAUCCAACUCAUACUCCUAUGUGGAAAGUGAAAGGCUGGGGAGGAAAAGCUACAAGGAACAGUAUGUCUACAUUUACAGGAACAAUAUGUUGAAGGUCAAAGAGCAUUAUCAGUAUCCUAAACUAGAAGAAGGGGCCAAUGACACCGAUGUUUUCUCCAGAGAGCCUUUCAUCGUCCGCUUUCAUUCCCCCACAACGCUGGUGAAGGAUUUUGUCUUGAUCGGCCAGCACACCUGUCCAAAAACUGCCAUGAAGGAGAUUGAUGAACUGUAUACUGUCUUCAAAGGAAUUUACAAGAAGUGGAAGACUGAUAAUGUGAUGAUCCUGGGCGACCUCAACGCCGGCUGCAGUUACGUCACCAUUAAGGGCUGGAGAGCUGUGCGCUUGAGGAGUGACCCCAAAUUUUGGUGGCUAAUUGGAGAUGAACAAGACACCACAGUCCGGAAGAAGACACACUGUGCCUAUGACAGGAUCAUUGUCCAUGGCCGUGAAAUGAUCUCUAGUAUAGUGCCAGGUUCAGCGCAGCCGUUCAACUUUAAAGAGAAUUUCCAUCUCUCUGAGGAAGAGGCUCUUGAGGUGAGUGAUCAUUUUCCAGUAGAAGUUGACCUGAAGCCCAACCACCGCUACCUGCUCCGCCAUGAGCUGUAA